AUGUCCAACCAACAAAACCAGCAGCAACAGCAGCAGCAACAGCUUACACUUCCUAGAAGAAGCACCAUUGUACCAUCUUCUCAAUCACUUUUUAAUCAAAAGGCAGCUAGACGAAGAUCUACUCUUGCUCCAUCAACAUUUAAAUCUCGCCAGCUCACUCACCUCAAUGUUCAACUAGCAAAACUUCAAGCAAACAUGGCUGACAUGGAUAAUGUUCUUCGAGUAACCGCCAAACAAGCAGAGUACAUUCGUAAAAUUGGCCUCAUGCAUGCUUCAUUGUGCGUUCAUGGCUGGCCACAAGUACUUCGAAAUGGAGGCCAUCAAGUCUCAACUUGA